AUGUACCAAUCAAAUAUGUUUGCCUGUGAUGAUGAACGGUUUAUACCAUUCCCUUCGUAUUCCAUUCCAUUCCAAUUCCACGUCCUUCGUAUUCGACUUCCUUCAUAUUCUUCUUCAUUCGUAUUCUACUUCCUUCGUAUACCACUUUCUCCGUAUUCCCAUCGCUUCUUAUCCCACUUCUUUAGUAUUCAACUGCCUUCGUAUUUAACUGCCUUCGUAUUCCACUCACUUCCUAUUCCACUUCCUUCGUAUUCCACUUCCUUCCUAUUCCACUACCAAUGUAUUCCAAUCCCUGAGUAUUCCACUCUCUUCGUAUUCUACCUCAUUCGUAUUCCACUUACUUCGUAUACUACUUACUUUGUAUUCCACUCUCUUCGUAUUCCAAUGCCAUCGUAUUCAACUUCAUUCGAAUUCCAUUCCCUUAGCAUUCAUUUGCCUUCGUAUUCCAUUCCAUUCCUAUCCCACAUCCUUCGUAUUCUACUUCCUUCGUAUACCACUUUCUUCGUAUUCCAAUCGCUUCUUAUCCCACUUCUUUAG